GUCACGUGAACUACCCGUGUCUGUUCCAGCUGAGAGGGAGAGGGAGAGAACGGUCGGACGUGGACGUCGCGCGGCCCAAACACAGAUCCAAGCCCGUGCGCCCGUGACUGCAUCCACCGGAUGCAAAGAAAAGUACAGACAGAAAGAGGAAACGACCCCUCCUCCUUCUCCUGACGGACAGCAGAGCGCGACAGCAGAGGAGAGAAGCAGCAAUACAACUUGUCAUCUGACCAACACAGUUACUGCUCUCGUUGUUUUUCAGUACAAACUGUUUCUCCACGGUUGUUUUGUUUCACGGGAGGAAAUAAUUUUUUUGGGAAUCUUGCUUUUGAACCCCGGACAACUAACUCGGGAUACUUUUCGACAAGUUUUAGUCGUGAUAUUUUCCUGCGCGUGCACUGUGCGACUUUAUUGUCAAUUUUACGCCUUUGCAUUUCUUAUGGACAGUAUUCCUGCUUUUUUGGUCUGAUUGUACUCCCACAGUGGUUCACCGAGAAUAACAGCUUGAUUUAUCGAAUAGCUUUAACAACAUCCGAAAGCAAUGGAAUACUUCGAGGAAAAUAUUUCUACUAAGAAAUAAGGAUAUCGACAUAACUACAGCUGAAAGUCAUCCAACAUACUUGUCCUAUUGGUAGGUACUUUGGUUAGAUUGCCUCCCCCCUUCAAGUGCCCCAGGUGUGUGCGCACGACCCCAUCUGCUCCAAGAUGUCCAGGCAGCUCUCUCAGCUUCCGAGCCCUGACCUCCCAGCCGGGGCAAGCCCUCAGUUUGGAAGUUGCACUCAGCCUGCAGGCUCCCUCACAGGGGGGCACGUCAACUCCAUGGCUGGUCUGAAAUCCCUCCUGCAGCACCCCAUGAAAGGAGACCACCGUUUGAAAAACCCAUGUGACACAAAAGACAAAGUCAGACUGGACCUUGAUGAGGACUCUUUGGGAGUGUGCCCCAUGAGGAAUGGAAAUGGAAUAGUCAGCAAUAAUAGCAGCAAUGGCUGUGGAGGAGGUGGAGGGAAUGGAGGAGGAAGCUACAACCAAUUUCUUGGGCCUCUCUUGUGGGAUCGCAGCGUGCCUGCAGAUGGGGGGCUCUUCCAGCUGCAGUACAUGGACUUGGAGGAGUUUCUGACAGAAAAUGGAAUGGGCAGCAUGCACAGCAACAACAGCUCCAGUUCAGCCCAGAUCCCCUCACAGAGCUCCCAGUCAGCUGUGCCCAACCAGAGCUCCCAGUGCCUACCCCCAUCAUCCCCACCUGGAUCUUCAUCCUCGUCACCCACUUCCUCUUCAUCCCCAUCGCUCAUCGGUCUAGAGGUGGCUCAGCCACAGGGUCUUGGGGGAGGAACCGACUGUCUGCACGGGAGUCAGACCAGUAUGAACGACUCCUGCGAGUCACCUUCUUCCUCCUCUUCGUCCUCCUGUCCACCUCUUCUGACGCCCACAGGCAGCGGCCCAGAUGUGGUUGGAAUGUUUGAUAUGGAUUCUUCAGACAUGAGUGUUUCCGGUGCCCAAAACCACCCGAACUUUGACCCCAGAAGACACUCCUUCAGUGAAGAAGAUUUGAAGCCACAGCCAAUGAUCAAGAAGGCCCGCAAGAUCCUGGUGCCUGAUGACUUGAAGGAUGAGAAGUACUGGACCAGGAGGCAUAAAAAUAAUGAGGCAGCAAAGCGUUCCCGAGAUGCUCGCCGUCUCAAGGAGAACCAAAUAUCUGUGCGCGCCGCCUACUUGGAGAGGGAGAACGCCGCCCUCCGACAGGAAGUGGCCGAGAUGCGGAAGGAACUGGGCCGGUGUCGCAACAUCCUUAGCAAAUACGAGAACCGUGUUGCUGACCAGUGAUGGUGGUGUGGAGGAAAAUCAGGAAGAGGAGGAAUAUAAACUGGAUUAAAUUUAAGACUCUGAUUUUCUGAGGCGACAUGAUGGACAGAAUGGGGUCAGAUGAUGAUGAGGAAGGUGGUGAUUAUGAUGAUGAAUGUAUAAGGCAAGGAGAAGGUUUGUGUUUUGAAGCUCAGGUGUCUUGUUUUGUCAAGGAGUCGGCUCUUAAAAGUGAUCGAUGGAGAGAAUAAUUUAACAGAGGAAAGAUGUGACUUUUAAGAGUUUUGUUAUUGGAGAAUUGUAUAUUUUUAUAAUACUUCAGAAAAAUUUAGAGGGAGAGCAAAUCUGGAGAAUAAUUUUGUAUAUUUUCUACAUGUUUUCGGGACACAGAGAUGGGGAAUGCUAUGUUAAAUAUUUUAAUUUAGAUAUGUCCGGAGAUGUCUAAGAAGUUAUCAGCAAUUCGAUGGGCAUUUUUCUGACUUGAUUAUAGUCGCGAUGCAGCAGCAGGGUCGAGGACGUAUGUAACAACUGUAAUAUAGAGAGCAAAAUUAUCUUCUUAAAAUCGUAUAUUUCAACAUCUUUUGGAUUUUACUCAAGCACUUACUUUUUUCCUGUCAUGUAUCUGUCACUGGGCAUGCUUGAGAGAGACAGAAUGAGAGACAUGAGGCGACACCCUGUAUACACUUCUAUCCAACACUUAACUUGACCACGUCUUGUGUGCUCAUUUUCUAAUAGAAAAGCUUUUUCUUUUUAUUGUGUUUAGUUUCCCGACAAUAUUUACUCUUUGCACCUUGAGGGUAACUUCAAUUGAUUGGAAAAUCUUUUUUCCAUACUUAGAUCUCUUUCUUCUAUCCCAGUGCUCUCAGUCUACUCUGGUGUUUUGUGCUGGUGUAAGCCUGUUGUGGAGCCCAAGGUAGUUCUGCACCUCUGCAUCCUCUUUGAAUUGCUCCUGUGUGUCUAUAUCCAUGUCUCUAUUUCUGUCUGCUCUCACAGUUAUGUGAAAACUCUUCCCAUUACAUUUUGUCCUCUCAUGUACCUCAGCAGUACACGGAGCAUUUAAAUCUCAGUGUUGUAAAGUACUCUGAAAUGGUAAUCAAUCCUCCCAGUAAGAUGCACAUCCUUACUUGACUGUAUUAAAUGAACACAGUUUAAUUAGCAUUAUGAUUGUGCGGAGUUCUGUUGUGUAUAAUGGACAGGCCUAUACUGUUUUAUGUAUUUGAUGUAUUUCAGGAGAUGGGUUGAGUACCCCCAUUGAGUGGAAUGGUAUUAAUUUCUCAGAUAUCUGGGAGAAAUAAAAGCCAAAAUCUGCUAUGUUUAUCCACAAAGCUUGUUGCUAUUUAGUGCUUUUUUUCCAUACUUCUCCUUCCUCAAGGUUUACCUACUUUUUAUGGUAUCUAUUAACUUCUCUGUGUUCCCACAACACCUACACAGGAGCAUGGUACACUAUGAUAUGUUCCUAGGGGAGGGGUGACUAGUAAUAGAGUGUGAUUUUAAUCCCUUUAAUGACCAUGAUGAAUAGUUAUCAUUACAGCUAUUGUUAUUGUUACGAUUAUGAUGAUUAUCCCUGUUAUUGUUGAUGUUUUAUAUUAUUGAAUGUUUUCUUUCUUUGGAUGAACAUGAUCUGUUGCACCUUGCACAUCUUUGAUCUUCAGUGUUCCUCAGAAAGACUAUUCAAAUGGAAGGAAAAAAAAACCCUCACCCCCAGACAUUCGGCAUCACUCACUUUUGCUCUGGAAACUACUUGCACCAUCUUUUGCCCGUGGAUUUCACUAACGUUGCUCGGUAACUUGAACAUGAUUUUCAUGCAGACUUAUUUUACCUUUCAUGACGACCUCUUCUGUUCCUCAGCUGUGUGUGGACUAUGCACCCUGCUGAUAUGCUCCUUGUUGGUUUCUUUCAGCUUUUAUCACCUCAUUCAGUGAUUGUUUGCUCUCCCAACAGGAUUUAGUCUCUAAUAUCUUCACAGAUGUGGUUGAUAAAUCUUGUAGUAACUCUAUCUGAUCAACUGCCCUGUUGCAUCAGUAGUGUCCAUGGUGCCCAGCCUGUCAGUCACUGCUGGUUAUUUGGAUGUAGUUGAAAUUUCCCAAAAACACCAAUAAAAGAUUGUUCUCA